CCGCCAGGCAGGCAGGCAGGCAACUCUCUCUCACUCUGUACAGGCGCAGUGUGUGAAGUGUGUGCUGCUCCGCUGGCCUCCCUCCGCACUGAAUGGACUAGAUUCCCAGCCACGUAAGAACACAGCGGCAGCACGGGAGAGAGGAUGUCCUGCUGAACCAAGGGAUAGGCCUGGGAAAGUCGGCCGGCCGUCCCUUCCUUCCUCACAGCAAGCUUACAGCAGCAGACAUACAGCACAGACGACACUUUUCUUCCACAGGACUAGACCCAGAGAAACAGGGGACGUCGACUCCCGCACACAAAGAGCUACAGUUUUUUUCCGGAUGGGGUUUGCUCCUUCUGUGAUAGGUGACAAUUGCCGUGCAUGGAUAUGAUCCUGGGGAACAAGGCCGUGCACUGACUUGGUACUAGUUAGCAAAGGAAGCUAACCAGUUAGCUCUGCACCUGCUAGCCAUCAUUUGACUGUCAAAUUUCGGCUAAAUACAGCACCUAUAUAGCUUGCAUUGUAUUUUUGCUUGUGCAUUUUUUCCCGUGCCUCAAAGCUGUAUCCAACACAUUGUUUCCGUUUUAUGAAACGUGCCAUACCAUUAACCGGCAAGAUAAGCUAGCAAACAAGCUGCGGGGUAACUCAGCACCCUUCAUUCAUUGUAAAAGCUGACUUUGGUAGCCUUUGUUGCAGUCUCGUCGUGCCUGCUAGCACUGCUAACGUUAAUGAAAUUGCAGCAGAUUUGUUCAAAGGGUUUACAGUCGAUUUGGUGCAGAUAUUCUGUCAUUUUAGCCUGGCCUUAUCUCUUGAAUGGAAAACAAAGGAGGACAAAUGAACAGUUGAACUCUGCAAAAAAAAUAUACUGACCUCUUUUUUGUUGUGCGAAAACCAAUCGGCUUCUCCUGUUGCUAGUCUGCAACGUUCCCUAACAACAAGGAGCAAUUACAUUUGAAACUGUAUUCAAGAUUUCCUGAAGUACCUCCCGAUUUGUGUUAUUGCACUGAGUUUACAGCAAAGUGGUGCCCUACUCGAAGAGGAGAAGAACAAGGAGGAAGGCCCCCGGAUCUGUGGAGGUAUCACACUUAUUCCUCAUGAACAUACAGAGGUCAAAUCCAAUUAACAUUUCACGUUAUGGGAGAUCGCGGCAUAAAUCGCAUGAUUUCGAAGAUUUGACUUGUUUAAGGACUACAGAGUCGCACCAGAGUUUCAGUCCUAACCUCGGGUCCCCCAGCCCGCCGGAGACCCCGGACUCCUCGCACUGUAUCUCCCGCAUCGGGGACUACCUUUUGUUGGAGCCACUGGAGGGAGACCACGUUUUCAGAGCCGCCCACCUGCACAGCGGGGAAGAGCUCGUAUGUAAGGUUUUUGACAUUGGCCGAUACCAGGAGUCGCUGGCGGCCUACUUUGCUCUGGGCCAGCACCAGCACAUUAACCAAAUCCUGGAGAUCUUGCUCGGGGAGACUCGAGCCUAUGUGUUCUUCGAGAGAAGCUAUGGCGACAUGCACUCUUUCGUCCGCACCUGCAAGAAGUUGCGGGAGGACGAAGCUGCCAGACUGUUCUAUCAGAUAGCCUCGGCUGUGGCACAUUGCCACGACAACGGACUGGUCCUCCGCGACCUCAAACUGAGGAAGUUUGUCUUCAAGAAUGAGGACAGAAGCCUCGUGAAGCUGGAGAGCCUUGAGGACACUUAUAUCCUGGACGGUCAUGAUGACUCCCUGUCAGACAAACAUGGCUGCCCUGCCUAUGUCAGUCCCGAGAUCCUCAACGCCAACGGCAGCUAUUCGGGAAAGGCAGCUGACGUCUGGAGCCUGGGCGUAAUGCUUUACACCAUCCUUGUGGGGCGCUACCCUUUCCACGACGUUGAGCCCGGCUCUCUGUUCAGCAAAAUCCGCAGGGGCCACUUCAACAUCCCUGAAACGCUCACACCCAAGGCCAAGUGUCUGAUCCGCUCCAUCCUCCGCCGGGAACCCGCAGAGCGCCUCACCUCUCGGGAGAUCUUGGAGCACCCUUGGUUCACCUCCUCCGGAGCACUAGGGGGCCCCGCAGUGCCCGGCAGAGGGGAGCGCGAGCAGGAGCAGAUGGUGCCUGAGGUGAACAUGGAACAGGAGCUGGAGCAGUUCUUCAGCUGAGCGACAAACACCAAGCACAAAUGGGACGACUCCGCCACGGCCGGCUCGCCACGCUCACAGCAGAGCAAAAAAAAAACGUAGUUUAGAGAUUAAUAGAUGAACAUUUGUCACUCGUAAUAAAGGUGUUUCCAUCCUGUUUCCCUUUUUCCACCAUUUCAUGGAAAACCUUGAGCCUGGCAUGACAAAUGGCAUCUAUACGUCACCUGGCGAUGCACCUCCCGCUCGGGGCAAACAAUGUAGCAAAAGUUCUUCUUUUUUUUUUGGAUCUGUUUGGUUUAAUGUGGUGCUCAUAAAAGUAGACACAUUCACCAUUUUUGACACUAUGGAAAGCAUGAAGGGACACAGGAGACCAAGGAGAACAAUUCAAAAUGAACUGACAGAGUGCAACACCACACUUUUUCAUACAAAUUCUGCUUGGUUUUUCGUCAUAGCUUCAGGUGGUACCAAUUUAAACCAAAGGCCCAGGGUCAGUAAUCAUAAAUCCAACGUGUUGUUAAACAAAUUAUGACCCGGGACCGAUGGAUGGAAAAAUUGAGCAUCUUAAGCUUUUUCUUAUCAACAACACGUUUGACGUCGUCUUUGUUUCAUGCUUAAGUUUUUGUUUUGUCAUCUCAUUUUUCUCGCAUUUUUAUUAUCGAUUAUUCUAACAUCACUAAACUCCUUGAAGGCCUUGUUUUCAGUCAUUUGUAUGUUUUCUGCUUCCUCAGUCUCUUAUGCCUUUACCACGCUUCAUUCACCACCACAUUUCUUUUAUUUUCCUUUACAUUUAUUUGUGUUAAAGCUAUUCCACUCUGUCACUCCCUUAACUUCAAUCUUAAAACUGUUUUGUCUCGGUGAGCCUCCAAACACGGCAUCGUGCAUUUGAAUGGACGACUCUUCAAAAUUAGCUUCCUCUUAUUUAAAUCCAUUCUUCAGUUGUAGGAACGAGAACGUAACAUUUAUUUAAAUUGUAACAGCUAUAUAUAUAUAUAUAUAUAUUAUAUAUAAAUAAAUAUAAAUAUAUAUAUUUAAAAGUACAUUGCAGGGUUUUUCUUUAUUCAGAGAUUCCUUUUUCAUGUAUGAUGUAGGCAAUAUCUCGACACAGGACAGGAGAGGGAAAUGUCUGUCCGAAGUUUUUGGAAUACACGAUUUCUUCUGUGCCAGUAUUCCGCUGCCCCCGACAAGCCCAUGCCACCCGAUCUCUCUAAUUUCUUUAUUAAAACUUGACACGAGAUAUUCGGUGAUAGUAAUGCUAUGACGUGUUCACUACCAGGACCCCAUGUUAGUUUUAUACUGCCUGCGUAGGUUCUGUGAAAUGCUCAUGCUCGGAAUGAGUACUAGUGGACAUGUUUUGUCGUAUCUCAAUGUUACUUGAAUUUGUGUUUUUAUCUAGUCUUUGGCAUGUGCCCCCAUGAAUGCUAUAGCCUGCCUAGCAGGGGGGGAAGGGGUGGGGGGAGGAGGGUGUUCGUUUUUUAAGAAAAGUUAAAAACAUGAAAAUUCUCAAUUUGCUACUUUUCUGAGUUUGCUUUUCAAUAAAAAAGGAAAACCUUUUUGCUUUUCAUUGUUUUUCUAGACUGAGCUACCUUUUUAUUUAAGUUGGUGCUAAUGUUAGUCCGUUUUGUUUCACGGAGGGGGGUGGUGCAUGGUGGGAUAUCUGCCUCAGAUGUUCUGAUUGUAUCGUAACAGAUUCUGGUGUUUUGUCCAAAAUUAUUCAGUAAAUAAAUCGUGAACUGCUA